AAUUAUGUUGAACAUGAUCGUGUGGCAAUGAAUAUUAAUAGCUAGUGCAGACUCAACAGUAAACACGCCCUAAAAGACUCACAUACAGUUUUAUAGCUAGCUGCUCCAUAAACUAUAGCUGUAAGAAGUUGCAAGAGAGAAAAAAUGAAUAACAACCUGUUAGUACCGGCACUGCUCUUCCUCUCGUUGUUUGCUACCUCUUCUGCGUACCUUGACGGAGCCCGUAAUGAGUCUUGUUACAACCACAGCAUUGUUCACACUGUAGAUUUAGGGGGGGGUGAAGUUAUAAAUGAUCCAAGUACAGUCUGUAACACCCCCUGUGGCUACCAACUAUAUGUUGUUGGGGAACGAGCAGAAAAUGGAACUCUGACGAAAUAUGAAACGAAUACGACAACAAGUUUUGAGUACAAGCUGAACACCACUUAUCAAUUUUCGUUGAGGAUAAUCAUGUUGGCGGGUGGUCAGGAAACGAACGGCUUUGUAGGGUUCCUGGUUCAAGCUCGUAAUUACACAGACAUGUUUGUCCCUGAAUCCUCCAUACACGGGACAUGGGAGGACAAUAGUAUGCUGUAUAGACCACUCAACUGUGGCAAGUCCAUGGCCAAUACAUCUGUACUUUAUCCUAACUCGGCUACUCAAAAGCUAUCCACGGUCAUUGCUGAUAUAGGUGGAAACAAUGAGGUGCUUCUCUACUGGGUAUCACCUGCCGAACAAGAUGACGCAGUCACCGUUGCGUUCUGGUAUACAAUUGUUCAGCAGCAUCGUGCUCAUUUCUUUCCUGUGAGAGGACCUGUUGGAACUCCUCUUCUUCCUACAACCGCUCCAACGGCAGCUACAACGGCAGCUACAACCGCUCCAACGGCAGCUACAACGGCAGCUACAACCGCUCCAACGGCAGCUACAACCGCUCCAACGGCAGCUACAACCGCUCCAACGGCAACUACAACUGAUUCACCGGUAACUACAACUGAUCCACCGUUAGACAUUGGGAUAGUGCUGACCCUGGUUGAAAUCGUUGGCAUUUCUGUUGGUGGUGUUGCUGCUGCUAUCGCUGGAAUUAUUGCCAUCGUAAUAAUGGCUGUGAUCAUAGCGAUGUGCUGUUGCAAAAAAGAGGGUAAAGAGCAUAAAAAGUCUAACAAGCAAGUGGCGAAGUUAUGGAUGUCUAACCCCAUCGAGAAUGAAGUGGAAGUGUAUAUUUAAUUAUUAUUGAAUCCAACAUUAAUUUUUUAUCAUUAUUUUGUAAUACUUUCUCUAUCAUAGUUCGGACCCUUGCAUGCAUAUUAUUUGUAAAUCAUGCCACAGAGAGAGCUUGAAUAAUUAGCAAUGUUAUUGUGAUUUGAUCGUAAUUAUGUACUUUAUUCAAUACAUGAGUGUGUUUGAACGAUUUGG